AUGCGGUUCUCCUCCACCUUCACGUUGGCUUUCGUAGCAGUCGCUACGGCUUGCUACUUUCCAUUCAACGAUGCCCACUUCACCAAUGUCACCUACGCCACCGAGGUCUUUGCCAACUUGAACCCUCAGUCAGACAUGGGUUGGACAUCGGUCGUGAAUGGAGACAGCGCUGUCAAGCCAUGGCCCCUAGUCCCGGCACCGCCAACCGAUCUCCCAGGCGAGGAAGGUCUAGUCACAGUGCCCUACUGUUAUAAGACCGCCGAAGACCGCGUAGCACUCAAGGAGACCAUCGAGGGAGAUUCGCUGGCUUCCGAGAAUAUGGCAGGGAUGGAUUAUAUCCUACUUGCCGUGGACCCGAAGACCGACUUUUGGAACCCGGCAGUACGCCAUGGAACUCUCCAGAUACAGAGAAAGACCAAAGACGGACAAUCAACCUGGGCGACAGUCGGCUACAUACCUCGCGACGCUGGCUCAUCCACGGGACCUGGAGGUUGGGAGGACCGCCAUCAGCUUCAACUCGAACACAACCCCGGCUCUGACGGCGAAUGGCGCAAGUUUGUGGCAGCGCAUGAGCUUGGACACGUUAUCGGCUUCGUACAUGAGCAUCAACGACAUGAUCGGGAUAGCUGGGUGUCAUUCAAUUGUGAGAACCUGGCGGGCUACUGGGACAUCAAAGAAAUCGUCGAGGCACACCCCGAGUGGAAAGUCGACAUGGGUCAAGUCUGUAGUUCGAAUUACUACGGCAGCACCCCAGAACUGCAGUGGUGGAGCGUUCUCGCUUACUCCAAAGACAUGGGUGUCAUACAUGGAAAGCCAACUCUUCAAACGUUCGGCAAAGUCUACGACGACUUCUCCAUCAUGCAGUAUCCAUCGGAAGCAAAUUCAUUCUGGGACGCCGAAAAGAUUGAUCAGUAUCCUUUGGUCAAGUGGAAGAAGACUGGCGACCAGGCCCCUCCUACAGGAACAAAGCCCACGAAGGAGAAUGCCGACUUUAUUAGGCAGCCUGCUGGAGUGUCAGCUGGCGAUGUGGAGGGCGUCAAAAUGAUGUACCCCUGGUGA